AUGCCGUUCCGAUCGUCCAUUGCGAGACUCAUUGACAGCAAGACGUCGUUGCCGCUUUGCACGAUUGAGUUACAGGGACCGUCGCGUCGUCUGCUCAAGGCGCGUCACCAUGACAUUGAUAAAAUGGAGAUAAAGACCAAGUCGUUGACUGCGACAUUGCACGCCAAGGCCAUCAAGUUCACUGUCUACAAACUGCAGAUCCGUAGCAAUGCCCGCUAUGCAGAUACUGUCAAGUGGGUGCUCAUCAAGCGCUACUCCGAGUUCUUCUACUUCCGUCAGACUUUGUUGAAGCACGUUGAGAAAUGGGAUCGGCAGUUCCGCGACAACUCAAAUCGGUCACAAUGCAAGGAGUUUGCUCUUGCAGAAGCGCUGCUACUGCCGGCACUACAGACUCCCACAUUUCCACGUAAACACAUGCGAUGCGACACUGACGUCAUCGUCAAAGAACGUCAGAAGAAACUGCAGCAGUUUGUGCGCGAGAUGCUGGACGCGUAUACGGACAUCUCUGUAUACAUGUACGACUCACAUUUGCGAAACACUCGGACCCUUUCGAAUCUUAGUGAAGCUCUUGAUAUGCUCGAAGAGUUUCUCGAAAUUCCACUGCAGCAGAAAGAGAUCAACCGCUGUCGAACUGCUGCCGUCUUGGCGCUGGAAGAAGUUGGUCCCGGAGAUAUUGCAAGCUCGAUCGCCACGCAUCACACGUGCUGCAUCUGUCUGAAUGAGUACAACUGUAGAAAAGAAGCGGGCGGGACUGUGAAAGAUAGUAUGGUGAAGCUUCCUUGCUCGCAUCAUUUUCACGAAGACUGUAUUAUCGACUGGUUCAACACUAGCACCACGUGCCCUUUGUGCCGAAAACAUGCGUUUACAGACGCGCAGCGAUCGUUCGCAGUGUUGAUCGAGUGA